CAGCACACGCACGCGUCCCAGCGGAUGGCGGCCCGGCGCGCGGCCCCUGACAGACCGACUGUCGUCUCUGCUGGAUGACCUCCACUAAGUGUGGCCGAUGGGCUCGGGGCCGACUGUGGGCCUGCUUCUCCCUGUGUGGCUGACUACCGCGCAGAGAUCUGUCUGACUUGUUGCCCGUGUGUCUGCCUGACUGGCCAGCCUUGUCUGCCGGUCUGUCCAUCCCUUGGUGCAACCAACUGGCCCCUGCCUGACAGUGUCCAUCUUCUGUCUGUGUUGUGACCUCUCUGGAGGUGACUGCUCCCUCCGCGUGGGCUGCCUCUGUGCGGGAUAAGCCACCUGCCUGGGGGCCCCCGCUGUCCGUCGGUGGGGGUGACAGGUCGUAUGACUGUCUCCUUGAUGACUCGGGGAAGAUUGUGGAUUCCCACCCCAGACCCCUGCCCAUCCUUUUGGACCCUCAUCACCCACCCCGCGCGGAGCCCAGCCGCUCCUCGCCAUUCCUGGGAGCCCCAGGCUGCCCCCAGCGUCCGGAGUGGAUUUCCGAGGAGAAGCUGGACCACAGCCUGGGGCUGUUCAGACCUUGCCUGCUACACCGACUACCUCCAGACGAUCACUUGCACCCUGGAGACCUGGAGCCCCCGCCUCCGCACGCUCGCCCUCACCUGGCAAGACCUAUACAGAGAACUGGAAGAUGAGGUCAUCUCCUGCAGCCUCCACCUGUCUGGUCACAACGCCACGCACGCAUGGUACACGUGCCACAUGGAUGUGUCCUGCUUCAUGGCCGACGAUGUGUUCAGCGUCAACAUGACAGACCAGUCUGGCAAACACUCCCAGGAGUGUGGCAGCUUUGUCCUGGCUGAGAUUAUCAAGCCAUCUCCCCCCUUCAAUGUAACUGUGACCUUCUCGGAGCAGUAUAACAUCUCCUGGAGCUCGGAUUACGAUGACCCUGCCUCCUCCGCACUCAAGGGCAAGCUGCAAUAUGAGCUGCAGUACAGGAACCGGGGCGCCCCCUGGGCUCUGAGUCCAGGGAGGAAGCUGGUCUCCGUGGACUCGAGAAGUGUCUCCCUCCUUCCCCUGGAGUUCCACAAAGGCUCGAGCUACGAGGUGCAGAUACGGGCAGGGCCCCAGCCUGGCUCCUCCUUCCAGGGGACCUGGAGCGAGUGGAGUGACCCAGCCAUCUUUCAAACCCAGCCAGAUGAGACAGAGGGAGGGACCAGAGGACAGCUCCUUCACCUUCUGCUCUUCAUCAUUGCAUUCCCUGUCCUUGUCUUCUUGGGCCUGAAGUACCACCUGCCUUGGAGGCUGUGGAAGAAAGUGUGGGUGCAGGUGCCCAGCCCAGAACUGUUCUUCCAGCCCCUGUAUGACGGCCACAGUGGGGACUUCAAGAAGUGGGUGGGCGUACCCUUCACUGCCUCUAGCCUGGAGCUCCGACCCGGGGCCCCGGGGGUGCCUGCGACCCUGGAGGUGCGGAGCUGCUGCCCAUCACAGAGCCCAGGGAAGGGGCCGGUGCCCACAGAGCUGCCGGAGCCUGCAGAUGUGCUGGAAACUGACGGGGUGCCCGAGCCGGGCUCCUGGGGUCCAGCCCCCUCUGCGGCCGGCAGCCUGGACGGCUCUGCUUACAGCGAGGAGAGGGAUCGGCCGUACGGCCUGGUGUCCAUUGACACAGUGACCGUGGUGGAUGCAGAGGGGCCGUGCACCUGGGCCUGCAGCUGUGGGGACAACGGCUACCCAGCCCUGAACCUGGACACCAGCCUGGAGCCUGGCCUGGGCACUGAGGACUCACUCUUGGGCACAGGGGCCACAGUCCUCUCCUGCGGCUGCGUCUCGGUCGGCAGCCCUCCUGGGCUGGGAGGCCCCCUGGGUAGCUUCCUGGACAGGCUAAACCUGCCCCUGGAAGACACAGCAGGCUGGGACCCGGAGCCACCCUGGGGCAGUGGGCCGCCCAGUGGGGUCUUUGACAGUGAGGCAGGCUCACCUCCAGCCGUCCUGGACAUGGACACGUUUGACAGCGGCUUCUCAGGCUCCGACUGUGGUAGCCCUGUGGAUUGUGGCUUCACCAGCCCCAGGGACGAGGGGCCUCCCAGGAGCUACCUGCGCCAGUGGGUGGUCAUGGCCCCUCCACCUUCAGGCCCUGGGCCCCAGGCCAGCUAGGGAGGUAACUGGCUGUCCAGAGCUAGCCCUGCCAUGACCACGAGCCAGAGACAUGGUGUCUGGGCUGGGACAUGGGAGGUCAGCAGUCUUUGGUCUCAUGACGGCCACCUGAGUUCACAGUGUAUGUGCAUGCUGCAUGUCCACGUGGUGAGCAGCCUUUGGGACUGUGGCCACAGAGAACGCUCGUGGUUAUCUGCAUGUGGGUUGCCAUGCAGCGUGUGUCUGCUCACAUGAGCUCACCUGCGUGCUCGAGCAUGAGCAGUGCGCGUGCUCAGAGCCACCUGGCCUCCCUGGCUUGCGGCACGCAGGGGCUGCCCGGAAGUCCCUGCUGUUCGUUGUCACUUCAGGGCUGAGGGAGGGGGAUGGAGAGUCCCUGGCAUCCCUGGCGGGGGUGACUGUUGGGGAACCCAUGGGUCUAGGUCUGAAAGCUGACACUGAUGCCGCCUGGCUGUGCCGCCUGAGGCAGGUUACAUCCCUCUCUGAGCUCCAAUCUCCUCGUCUGGACGGUGGGACAGACAUGACUUACCUCGGGGAGAAAUCAGUGAGGUCACCUGUGUACUAUGUGCAGACAGAGCAGACCCUCAAUCAGCGUCAGCUUCCUCCUGCAGCUAGCACCGGAGGUAGGUGGGGGUGAGAAACCAGCCAACAGAGACCACGGUGCCUGCGGGGCAGUCCCACCUGCAGAGGGGCACUGGGGGGUUUCCAGGUGAAGGUCAGCCUGUCUCUCGGGGUAGCUCCCCACCAACCAAGAGUUCUUUUUCUGACUCCUGCUGCCCCUUUAAAAAUUCCCUUUAUGCACCUAAGAAGUAUUUAUUGAGCACCAAGUCCAAGCCAGGCGCUGUGCCAGGCACUGGGUGUGCGCAGAGUGGCUCACAGUGCCGAGGGGGGGACAGACAGAGGAAGCUGCCGUUUCAGAACCUUGUGCUCCGGGCCGGGCGCAGGCUGCCUCUGGUCAGUCCAACAUCGCACAGGUUCUGGGGAGCUGGGGGGAAUCAAGGUGCUGUCUGUUUUCUCUGAGUGCCUGUUGAAAUGUGAAUCAAGGAGCCGCUGAAAACUUCUGAGCGAUGUUUUGAAGGCACCUCACUGAACAUCAGCUUUGUACAGGAGCUGGACUUGACCUGAACACAGCAUAAAAACCAUGUGCUUUUUUUUUUUUAUUUAAAUAAAUUGUUUUCCCUCUAAGGGUGCCCACAUCAACUUGGUUUUUUCAGGACCAAGCAGGUUAGGCAGCAGAGAGUCUAAUCCAGCUGUUCUGCCCUUUGAAGCCCUAACGGACUCCUUCCCCAGGCCUGGAAUGGGAGCUACCUCAUCUUCCCCAAAGCUAGGCUGUGGGAUGCCUGUGAGACCACUCAGCCUGUCUCCGCUAGGGGCUGAGAUGGAAGUCAGAAGUCAGUGCAGAUGAGAGCUUCUCUGUGGUUCAUCUAUAAAAUGGCAUGGUCAGGAGGGGUGGCUGGCAGAGCUGGAAAGUUCUAGAACACUGAUGCUUUUAAUAGUGGGACUGUUGAGCUGGAAUCAGGUGCAUGAGACUCAGAUGGACUCACAAGUGUGAAACCACAGUUCCUGCACGUGUGAGCAGCCCUCCCCACCUAUAAACACUU